GCACUGGUAAUACAAUGGAAAUAGAGGACUUGGCUUCCUGUGUUCUCCUCAGGUUCUGCAUAGAAGCCACUGAUACGAUUUCUUGGGAUUUACCAGGGUGACAGAGCCUUGAAGCAAAGCAUAAAGGCUUGAGAGGGUGACUUUGAGUGAAAGAAUCAGAAAAGAUGGCGGUGACAGCACUGGCAGGUGAUGACUUGGCAAGGUCGAUGAGCAGGAGGAUGAGUCUUUCGUCAGCCAGCAAGAGAGGUUGGGCCUCAGCAAGUGUUCGUGAGGCAUUUACUUCAUCUGGAGGGGACAUUUUCCAGAGGAGUGGGAGAGAAAAUGACGAGGAAGAGCUGAAGUGGGCAGCAAUUGAGCGUCUUCCGACCUAUGAUCGGCUGAGGAAGGGAAUUCUGAAGCAAGUUCUGGACAAUGGGAGGAUUUUCCAUGCAGAGGUUGAUGUUGCCAAUCUUGGAGUGCAAGACAGGAAGAGUCUCAUAGAGAGUGUAAUGAAAGUUGUUGAAGAUGAUAAUGAGAGCUUUCUUCAGCGGCUUCGAGAUCGUACUGAUAGGGUUGGAAUUGAAAUCCCCAAGAUUGAAGUCCGUUACGAGCACUUGUCGAUUGAAGGAGAUGCAUAUGUUGGAACCAGAGCACUUCCCACUCUGGUGAAUGCUACAGUGAAUAUGAUAGAGGGAAUUCUUGGUUCUUUGAAACUUUUCCCUUCUAAGAAAAGGGUUGUCAAGAUACUCCAAGAUGUGAGUGGAAACGUCAAACCAUCAAGAAUGACGCUUCUUCUUGGACCUCCGGCUUCUGGGAAAACGACAUUGCUGAAGGCACUUGCUGGAAAGACUGACAAGGAUUUAACGGUAUCAGGAAAGAUCUCUUACUGUGGUCGAGAAAUGAAUGAAUUCUUUCCUCAGAGGACAUCUGCUUAUAUUAGCCAGCAUGAUCUUCAUCACGGCGAGCUCACUGUGAGAGAGACGAUGGAUUUCUCUGGGCGCUGCUUGGGAGUUGGGACCAGAUAUGAACUUCUAGCAGAGCUGCUGAGACGAGAAAAAGAUUCUGGUAUCAAACCAGAUCCUGAGAUAGAUGCAUUCAUGAAAGCCACGGCAGUGGCUGGCCAAGAAUCUAGUUUGGUAACAGACUAUGUUCUCAAGAUACUUGGAUUAGAUAUCUGUGCCGAUAUUAUGGUGGGUGAUGAGAUGACAAGGGGCAUCUCUGGCGGCCAAAAGAAACGAGUCACAACUGGUGAAAUGUUGGUUGGUCCGGCAAAAGUUUUCUUCAUGGAUGAAAUUUCAACUGGCCUUGACAGUUCAACCACUUUUCAGAUAGUAAGAUGUAUGAGGCAGAUGGUUCAUAUCAUGGAUGUGACAAUGAUAAUCUCUCUUCUGCAACCUGCCCCGGAAACCUACGAUCUUUUUGAUGAUAUUAUCUUGCUGUCUGAGGGCCAAAUUGUCUACCAGGGUCGAAGGGAGAAUGUUCUUGAAUUCUUCGAAAGUGUGGGAUUCAAAUGCCCCGAACGCAAAGGAGUUGCAGAUUUUCUGCAGGAGGUCACUUCUAGAAAGGACCAGGAGCAGUACUGGUUCAGAAAGGGCAAAGCUUAUCGAUACAUUUCAGUACCCGAGUUUGUGCAGCACUUCAACUCCUUCCACGUUGGGCAGAAGCUUUCUGAUGAGCUUGGAUCUCCUUAUGACAGAAGUAAAGCCCAUCCAGCUGCAUUGGUGACUGACAAGUAUGGUAUUUCCAACAAGGAUCUCUUCAAGGCUUGCUUGGCAAGGGAAUGGUUGUUGAUGAAACGCAACUCGUUUAUAUACAUUUUCAAGACAACCCAGAUUACAAUCACUGCGAUAAUUGCCUUCACAGUCUUCUUUAGAACGCAGAUGAAGCAUGGGCAGCUAGACGAUGGAACUAAAUACUUUGGUGCACUCUUUUUCAGUCUCACUAACGUGAUGUUCAAUGGGAUGGCUGAGCUUGCAAUGACUAUCUUUAGGCUUCCUGUGUUCUUUAAACAGAGAGAUUCUUUGUUUUACCCUGCUUGGGCAUUUGGCUUACCAAUUUGUUUACUGAGGAUCCCCAUCUCAAUUAUGGAGUCAGCCAUAUGGAUCAUACUCACAUACUAUACGAUCGGGUUUGCGCCUAGUCCCACUAGGUUCUUCCGCCAAUUCUUGGCAUUCUUUGGUGUACAUCAGAUGGCUUUGUGCCUCUUCCGGUUCGUUGCAGUAAUUGGAAGAACCCAAAUUGUCGCACAGACAAUUAGUACGUUUGCCACACUUAUAAUCUUUGUCCUGGGUGGAUUCAUAGUAUCCAAAGAUGAUCUUGCACCAUGGAUGAAAUGGGCCUACUAUGCAUCUCCCAUGAUGUAUGGUCAAAAUGCCAUAGCCCUUGUAGAAUUUCUUGAUAAAAGAUGGAGCACGCCUAAUACCAACCCAAGAUUCACUGAAUCAACAGUUGGGAAGGUUCUUCUUAGAACCAGGGGGAUGUUCAUGGAUGACUAUUGGUAUUGGAUCUGUGUUGCUGCGCUCUUUGGAUUUGCCGUGCUCUUCAGUGUCCUCUUUGUUGUGGCACUCACAUAUUUGAAACCUGCAGGAGAUUCUAAACACUCUAUUGUGGACGAGGAAGAUAAAAGCAAGAAGAAGAAUCAGCCACUUUCCAACAUGAAGGGUAUCCCGGAUAGGAGUUCUGUCUCUACAGCCCCAUUGAAUGCAGGGAUUGAUAUGGCCGUGAGGAGCACUCCAGAGCAAACUACAGAGAAUGUAAUCAGUAAGCGAGGAAUGGUUCUGCCCUUCCAACCCUUGUCACUUGCAUUUGAUCACGUGAACUACAACGUCGAUAUGCCUGCUGAAAUGAAGAGCCAAGGAAUUGAGGAGACUCGUCUCCAGCUAUUGCGAGAUGUCAGUGGUGCUUUCAGGCCGGGUGUUCUAACGGCACUAGUCGGGGUCAGUGGUGCUGGGAAGACCACCUUGAUGGAUGUGCUAGCAGGAAGGAAAACCGGCGGCUAUAUAGAGGGAAAUAUCAGCAUUUCUGGUUACCCGAAAAACCAAGAAACGUUUGCCCGAGUCAGUGGAUAUUGUGAACAGAGUGACAUCCAUUCUCCAAACGUGACCGUAUAUGAAUCUCUCUUGUACUCUGCUUGGCUCCGUCUUGCCAAGGAUGUGAACAAAGAAACUCGAAAGAUGUUUGUUGAGGAAGUGAUGGAUUUGGUUGAGCUGAUCCCCUUGAGGGAUUCUCUAGUUGGCCUCCCAGGAGUGAAUGGUCUUUCAACCGAACAAAGAAAGAGGCUCACUAUAGCCGUAGAAUUGGUGGCAAAUCCUUCUAUCAUCUUUAUGGAUGAACCAACAUCAGGUCUUGAUGCUAGAGCUGCUGCAAUUGUGAUGCGAACUGUCAGGAACACGGUGGACACUGGCCGAACUGUUGUCUGCACGAUUCACCAACCAAGCAUAGACAUUUUUGAAGCUUUUGAUGAGCUAUUUUUGAUGAAGAGAGGAGGUCAAGUCAUUUAUGCUGGACCUCUUGGUUGCCAUUCAAACCUACUGAUAGAAUACUUUGAAUCUAUUCCGGGGGUUCCGAAGAUCAAAGAUGGUUACAAUCCUGCCACAUGGAUGCUGGAGGUUAGCUCUUCUGCAGUUGAGAGUAAGCUUGAUGUGGACUUUGCAGAAGAAUACGCCAACUCUGAUCUAUAUAGGAUGAACGAAAAACUUAUCAAAGAGCUCAGCUCUCCUGCCCCGGGUUCCCAAGACCUGUUCUUCCCCACCAAAUAUUCUCAGUCUUUCAUCACUCAAUGCAAGGCUUGCUUCUGGAAACAGAACUGGUCCUACUGGAGGAACCCUCAAUACAAUGCCAUCAGAUUUUUCGUUACGAUAGGCAUUGGCGUGCUGUUUGGAGUCAUUUUCUGGAAUAAAGGCGGCCAAAUUCACAAGGAACAGGAUCUAAUGAAUUUGCUGGGAGCAAUAUAUGCUGCUGUUUUCUUCCUCGGGGCCACGAACACCUGUACGGUGCAGCCUGUUGUGGCCAUUGAGAGAACAGUCUUCUACAGGGAAAGAGCAGCGGGGAUGUAUUCGGCGAUGCCAUAUGCAUUUGCUCAGGUGGCUAUUGAGACCAUCUACACCGCGAUCCAAACUCUUCUCUACACACUCCUCCUCUACUCAAUGAUCGGGUUCUACUGGCAAUUCGACAAGUUCUUGUGGUUCUACUACUACAUCACUAUGUGCUUCAUCUACAUGACAUUGUAUGGAAUGAUGGUUGUGGCUCUCACUCCCAACGUUCAGAUCGCGUCCAUUGCCAUGUCCUUCUUCCUCAGCUUUUGGAACCUUUUCUCCGGCUUCCUCCUUCCCAGGACGCUGAUUCCCGUGUGGUGGAGAUGGUACUACUGGGCAUCUCCAAUAGCAUGGACCAUCUAUGGCCUUCUGACAUCUCAGCUGGGGGACAGACCGGAUCAUAUCGUCAUCCCCGAAAGGAUCGACCCAAUUCAAGUGAAGGAUUACUUCAAGGAGUUCCUUGGAUUCGAUUAUGACUUCCUUGGAGCUGUUGCAGCAGCUCAUGUUGCCUGGGCACUCAUCUUCUUCUUUGUCUUUGUGUAUGCCAUUAGGGUCCUUAACUUCCAGAGGAGAUGAAGGAAACCUUAGAAUAAAUAAUCAUCUGAUAUUCUAAAACAGAAGCAGCUGUUUGUUUGUUCUUUUUACAUUUUCACAUAUAUGCGAUUGAUUGUAAUUCUUAACAUCAUGAUGUGUUAUAAAAGAGCUGUUCUCUU